UGCUAUUACUUUCCACAGCAGGCGAGCUGUGUUAGAGGCUCCCCGUGCCCCGCACAGUUCAGUAGAGUGUAGUAGGUUUUUACACUCAAGGCCUCUUUCUGUCAGCCACCUUCAGGUCCAGGACCAUGGCGCAAACAACUCCAGUCGACCACACCAAGAUGGGUGUGGGUCGGGCAAUUGCCGUGCUGACCUCCGGAGGAGAUGCCCAAGGUAUGAAUGCAGCUGUGAGGGCCACAGUUCGCGUGGGACUUUACACUGGAGCCAAGGUGUAUUUUGUCCAUGAGGGUUACCAGGGUCUGGUGGAUGGAGGAGACAAUAUUCGCCCCGCUACAUGGGAAAGUGUGUCAAUGAUGCUGCAGCUGGGUGGAACUGUGAUUGGUAGUGCCCGUUGUAUGGACUUCCGCAACAAGGAAGGGCGCACCAAGGCUGCCUGUAACCUGGUCAAGCUAGGCAUCACCAACCUGUGUGUUAUUGGAGGUGAUGGCAGUUUGACAGGUGCCAACCAGUUCCGUUCAGAGUGGAGUGAGCUGGUGGCGGACUUGCUCAAAACUGGUAAAAUCACGGCAAGUGAGGCCAAGACUUCCUCCCACCUCAACAUCGUUGGCAUGGUGGGCUCCAUCGACAACGACUUCUGUGGCACUGACAUGACCAUUGGCACAGACUCUGCUCUACAUCGCAUCAUUGAGAUAGUGGACGCCAUCACUACUACAGCACAGAGUCACCAGAGGACCUUCAUCCUGGAGGUAAUGGGCAGGCACUGUGGCUACCUGGCUUUGGUGACAGCUCUGGCUUGUGGUGCUGAUUGGGUAUUUAUCCCAGAGAUGCCCCCAGAGGAUGGAUGGGAGGAGCAUCUGUGCAGAAGACUGAUGGCGCAAAGAGACCGUGGCUCCCGUUUGAAUAUCCUCAUUAUUGCGGAGGGAGCAAUUAACCGCCAGGGUCAACCUAUCACCUGUGACGAUGUCAAAGAGCUGGUAACAAAGAGCCUUGGCGUCGACACCCGAACCACCAUCCUGGGCCAUGUGCAGAGAGGUGGAACUCCCUCAGCCUUUGACAGAAUCCUGGCCAGCAGGAUGGGUGUGGAGGCUGUAAUGGCUCUGCUAGAGGCCACGCCAGAGACUCCUGCAUGUGUGGUCAGCUUGUCUGGAAACAUGGCUGUCAGGCUGCCUCUGAUGGAGUGUGUGCAAGUGACAAAAGAUGUCACCACAGCCAUGAGUGAAAAGAGGUUUGACGAUGCGGUGAAGCUCAGGGGAAAGAGCUUUGAGAACAACUGGAACACCUAUAAAAUGCUGGCUCACGUGCGCCCCCCAGAUACAAAGAGCAAUAUCAACAUUGCUAUACUGAACGUGGGUGCUCCAUGCGCUGGAAUGAACGCUGCAGUUCGUUCCGCUGUCAGGAUCGGGCUCCUCCAGGGCCAUCAGAUGCUGGCAGUGCACGACGGCUUUGAUGGUUUGGCUCAUGGAAAGAUCAAGCCCAUGACUUGGUCUGCAGUGGCAGGAUGGACCGGAAAGGGGGGCUCCAAUCUGGGCACAAAGAGAACCAAGCCAAAUGAUUUAAUGGAGGAGAUCAGUAUGAGUAUUGCUAAGUACAACAUUCAUGCUAUCGUCAUUAUUGGAGGCUUUGAGGCAUAUGUUGGCGGUCUGGAGAUGGUGCAGGCUAGAGAGAAGUAUGAGGAACUGUGUGUUCCCCUUGUCAUUGUUCCUGCUACUGUCUCUAACAACGUCCCUGGAUCUGACUUCAGUAUUGGCGCUGACACUGCUCUUAACACCAUAACCAUGACAUGCGACAGGAUCAAGCAAUCUGCUGCUGGCACCAAGCGCAGAGUGUUCAUUGUUGAGACUAUGGGAGGAUACUGCGGCUACCUGGCUACCAUGGCCGGCUUGGCAUCUGGAGCUGAUGCUGCUUACGUCUAUGAGGAUCCUAUGAACAUUAAAGAGCUAGAGAUGAAUGUGCAGCAUCUGGUGGAGAAGAUGAAAACCACAGUGAAGAGAGGACUCAUUCUGAGAAAUGAGAAUUGCAAUGCCCACUACACGACAGAUUUUAUUUACAACCUGUACUCAGAGGAGGGCAAGGGUGUGUUUGACUGCAGGAAGAAUGUACUUGGACAUAUGCAGCAGGGUGGAGUACCAAGCCCCUUCGACAGGAAUUUUGCCACCAAGAUGGGAGUCAAGGCUGUCCUGUGGCUGACUGACAAGCUGAAGGAGUGCUACAGACAUGGUCGCAUCUUUGCCAAUUCUGCAGAUUCAGCUUGUGUGCUGGGCAUGAAGAAGAGAGCUUUGGUCUUCCAGCCUCUAGCAGAUCUUAAAGACCAAACUGACUUUGAACAUCGUCUUCCAUUGGAACAGUGGUGGCUUAGGCUGAGGCCCAUCCUAAAGGUCCUGGCCAAGUACAAGAUCGACUUGGACACUUCUGAAAAGGCUGCAAUGGAACACGUCAUCAAGAAGAGAGGCUUAGUUCAUCAUUAGCUUUUUCAUGUGUUUAUUACUGCCAUCAGGACUUGAUGUGACCUGUCUUCUUUUCAAAGCACUUUGUAAACUCUGUCUCUGACAAGUGCAAUAUUAAUAAAGAUAAUAAUUAUAUGAUCAAAACAAACAGCAAGUCUCACAAUAAAUCUUUAAAAUUAAUACAGGUAUUUGUUUUUACAGAAAACAUUACGUUAUGAUGUAGAAACUGACUGUAUUUUUAUGCUGCAGUCUGGUAUUUCAGGGCUGUCUCCCAUCACAGAAGCUCUUUUCCCAUUUCAGUUAUUUGCACCACACCACUUGUACCCCUGCCCUACUUUCUGUCUCUCUAUAUUCAUCUAAAGCAACCUGCCUAAACUGAAAACUCAUUUCAUGACCAUUUCUAACAUCCAAUUCUAAUCCACUAAAACAAAGCCACAGUAAGGUUUUACCAUAUUUGAACCUUUUUGCAAUAUUUUUCUCAAUUGGUAUGUCAACUAUACACACUCUUAAAGAGAAAUCAGGGUUCUCAUCAUGCAAUGUGUCCUACAGUGCUUCUGUAGAUCACUGUAUCAGAGCUGCAGUUUUCAUCAUCUCAGGCUUUGGCACUAGAAAUCUUCACAAAGUUGCAAGCUUACUCAAAGUUAACGGGAUCGUGACCAAGACUUUUUCAAGCUAUGUGUGGCACUUUGAAACAUCUGUUCAGUUUAAUUGGUGUAAAAGGAGAGACUCAAUUGAAUAUCAUCCACAAAGGCCUAAUGUUUAAGAUUAAAAAUUAUAUGAAUUACUCAGAGCAAUAAAAAAUGCAGAUGGGUUAUUUAAAGUGUUUGUUGCCAGUAAAAUGUUUUAAAGCUUGUUAUAUGUCUACUGGAAAAACACUUUUAAUAAUUAUCCUACAACCAGCUGCCCCCUUCAAUCUAUUUCUACAUUGUUAAAACAAUAAAUGUUGAAGGAGUUGUCUGCUGUAGACCAAGUGGAGAAGUGUGGACCUGUGCCCUCUAGUGGAAAAUGUUUAUUCAUCACUACACUCACCAAUUUAUGAAAACAUGUUUACAAGCCUAUGCCAUCUUUGGAAUUACAGGCUACAAUGCCUUUAAAAAGUAUUCACCCCUUGGAUAUUUUCAUGUUUUAUUGUUUGAAUCAAAGUAGAUGUAUUUAGGCUUUUUUAAGCUGACCAACAAAAAGUCAAUUUAAUGUCAAAGUGAAAACAGAUCUUUACAAACUGAUCCAGAAAAUUAAAAUUCUUCUGUGCAGAACCGUUCAAGUUCUGCAAACUGUGAUUGAAAAGCAAUUUUCAAAUCCUGCCACAAUUUUUCAGAUUGAUUUCUGCCCUGUGACUUCACCGCUUUUGGACACUACUACUAUUGUUACCAAAAAUAAAAUAAUAUUGCACAAGCAA